AUGUAUAGAAAGUGCUGGAAAUGCUCCGCUGAAUAUGCAGAUGAGCCUAUUUCCAGUUUUAUAAAGGAAAGCCAAAGAAAUUACAAUCUAAUGAUUCAAAUGGAAGAAGAAAGCUUAAACAGCAAAAAACUUGUGGAGGAUUUCAAUCGUAGAAAAAGGCAAGAAAAAUACCUCAAGCAAAACGAGUAUCUUGAAGAGCUUAGACGUCAAAAAGAGUUUACUAAAGCGUAUCGAGAAAAAAUCAUCUCAAAAUCAUCCCUUCUAUUAGCCAAAUCUGGCGAACUAAGGUUCUAUCUCAAACAAAUUGAGGAGUCCUGGAAUAAAGAGGCCGUUGAGUUAUGAAAUUUCACCUACUCUUGCUUUUUACAAGUCCACAAAAGGAUCGAAAGCUAUGAAAGAGAAAAAGCAAGCAUGAAGCAUCUCAGAGAAGAAUAUGAGUACCAAAGAGAGUUAUUUUCAAAAUGCCUGAAAGAUCAUGAGAAUGAUAAGAAUCUUUUGAAAAUAAAAGAAGACCAAAUCAAUUGAUAUGUGAUAACUCUCGAUCAAAAUAAAAUAGAAAUCGAAGAAAAUAAUAGGAAAAUACAACAAUACAGACAAGAGUUAGAAGAAUUGAGGAAAAAUAUCAGUAUAAGAGACAAGAGGAUUGAAAUAUUUGAUAAAGAGAAAGAAGAAAUAAAAGCUGAGUUUGAUAAGAAGAUGCUUGAUAUUACAAAUAGAAUGGAAGAAACUCAUAGAAUGCAGCUACAAAAAGUUGAAAACGAGCUAAAAAAUACAAUAGUCGAGCUGCAAAACGAUCUGAGUUCUUAUAGAUCAUCAUACUCUCUAAAAAUUGAAACACUUGAAAGUGAAUUAAAGAAGCAGGCUGAAGAAAAAAACAAAGAAAUUAGCAGUCUUAAUGGAAUAAUAAAAACACUUACUUCUGAAAAAUUCAAAUCACAAGAAAUUAUUGGCAAAAAGGAUAAAGAAACCACUGAUCUACAAUAUAGAAUAAGUGGCCUUAUGGAUGAGAAUGAAAAACUAAAGCGUGAAGCUGCAAAGAACAAGGGAAGCACAGAAGUUCAGAUAGAUAUGCAAAGAUUAAAAGAAGAAAAUGAAAGGUUGAGUCGCCAGAUAAAACAAUUCGAAACAGUUCAGGUAGAAAUCAAAAGUCUAAAAAAAGAAAAUGAAAGCUUAAAGCUCCAGAUAAGCAAUUUUAGUAAACAAUUUAGUAAUUCACAAACAAGCAGUAGCAAAGUUUUAGAUAGAUCCCAAACUAUGAGUGAAUCUAAAACCACAUAUGAGAUAGAAAGCAGCGAAACGAGAAUUAUUAGAAAGCAAGAAACUCGUUCCGAAGUUAUAGAAUAUGUAGAAAAAGAAGAAGUGGUAGAAGGUACAGGAGAAGAGAUUAUAGAAAUAGAAGGAAAUUCUGAUUAUUUAACAUGCUAUUGCAUGAAUAUGAUUAUUCAGGCAUAUGAUUCCAAUUCAAAAAAAGAAAUGAUGGAAAUUGUUUACCAAUCCUUGGGUACUUUAAAAGAAUUUAACGAUCCAAAGUAUGAAGAACUUACUAAAAGAGUUGAACAAAUAACUAAUAAUGAAGAGGUGUGGUCGAGCAUAGAUUGCAGCCUAGCAGCCCACCCCCAAAGCCCUCUUUAGAUGGCCUCCCCUAUUAGAUGAGGCCACCACUCAUUUAGUAUAAUUCUUAUCCCCUACAUAUAGUAAAUAUAAAAACAAUUUAUUUAUUUGCAGCGUUAUAAUAAAUAAUAAAAUAUCGAAACAGCAUUCCACAUAUUUUAAGUGGGCUGGGAAUGGGUGUGAUUAAAGUAGAUGAGGAUUAAUUGCCAUGUGUUUGACCAGAAGUGGACUUAGGAGCUUAUGAUGAACUUGCGGACUUAUGUAGGAAACUACUUAAUGAACAAAGCCAUUAA